GCUAAUCUGAUACACAUACGGAUAAGGCGUAAGAUGCUAGCCGGACGUUUAUAGAUCAGAUUUUUAUUCAGGUCAUUCUCGUAGCGCUUCGCUGACACUCGUCAACGAGUACUUCUCCCAAUGUUUACUUCUCCGGCAUGUCUUUCUCAGCCAGCGAAAAAGUGAUGCGUUGGGUUAUUGAACUUAAUUUUAUAUGAAGCGGAAUGAACAGCCACCAUGUUUGCAUGACAUAUAUUCAUAAUAAUGUGUUGAUAAGGCGUUAGCUAACAGCUGUUCGUACAGUAGUACAGCUUCUUUUCUUUGCGAGCUGUUGUCGACAAUUGCAGAUCCUCUCCGGCUCCAUGAUGGCGAUGUUUCGGAGCUUUGUCUCGGCUAGCACCCAGCUUCGCCAGCAGCAGCAGCAGCCGGGCAGCGGCUCCGGCUCACUGGCGGCUCCCGUGGAGAACAUCGAGAGCCAAUUCUCGUGUCCCAUCUGCCUGGAGGUCUACCAUAAACCCGUUAGCAUCGCCAGCUGUGCUCACACAUUCUGUGGAGAGUGUCUGCAACCAUGUCUCCAGGUGACCUCACCUCUCUGCCCUCUCUGUCGUGUGCCCUUUGACCCCAAGAAAGUAGAGCGGUCCUCCAACGUGGAAAAACAGCUGGCGUCAUACAAAGCACCAUGUCGGGGUUGUAGCAAAAAGGUGGCUCUGGUGAAGAUGAGGUCCCACAUUGCAUCGUGUUCUAAAGUACAAGAGCAGAUCGCCAACUGCCCCAAGUUCAUCCCUGUGGUGCCCACAUCUCAGCCCAUACCAAGCAAUAUUCCAAACCGGUCAACAUUUGUGUGUCCAUUCUGUGGAGCCAGAAACCUGGACCAGCAGGAGCUGGUGAAACACUGUAUGGACAACCACCGCAACGAUCCCAAUAAAGUGGUGUGUCCAGUGUGUUCAGCUAUGCCAUGGGGAGAUCCCAGCUACAAGAGCUCCAACUUUCUCCAGCACCUCCUCCACAGACACAAGUUUUCCUAUGACACCUUUGUGGACUACAGCAUCGAUGAAGAGGCAGCCCUACAGGCAGCUCUGGCACUAUCUUUAGCUGAAAACUGACAGCAGUCUCUACAUCCACUCACCGUUCUAGCACCCCCGCUGUGAGGGUCCCACCCACCGUCCACACCAGUGCUGUUUGCUUCAGCUUUGGAGAGCGCUCUUCACAAUGUGGAUGUGUCAGCGCUGCCACUCAAAAAAGUUACAAAACAAAACAUAUAGAAUAGUGUUCAGUACAGACUUUGGAUUUAAUGAGUUGGAGACGACAUCAUGGGUGUUUGCAAUGGAUCCAGUGAACUGGUAAAGCUGCUUUUAUGUUGGACACUGUUGCCACCAACCCAGACGAAACCCACCUACACAGUGUCAGGGUUGCCCACAGCCGCUACCCUCUCUACCACAGCAACAAGGGCUAGCUCCAUGUGAAAACCUCUGCCCUACAGCAUGCUUAUUCCAAAUCCUUUAUUCCUGGCCCAGGACCACCAGGUUGGGUAUCAUUCAGCACCACACAGCACCACAAGCAUCAGCAGCUUCAGCAGUCCACACUCACCUUCUGAGCAAGAGUGUGCAUGGAGGUUUUCCUUGUAGUUACGCAGUCAGAACAUGUCUGUGAAUAUACUUAUGACUGGGUCAGAGCAUACCGACAUCACAGAGCUGAUAAAUAUAGAACAGCUCCAGCUAGGUGCAAAUGCAAACUUUAUGUCUUUCCUCAAUCAGUAAAGGUCACAUCAUAGAAAAGGCAAAGAAAAGUGCUGUUAACACUUUCUCUCGUACAGAAAUUCACUAAAUGUUUCAGUACAAAAUCCUCCUUCUAUGGAUGGCCCUCACAUAUUAUAUUUACAAAAAUUCCACCUCAAUAUAUGAUCAGUUAUGACUACCUUAAAGUUGGUUAAAGUCACAAAUCGAGUAUGAAAAUAUAAUUCAGUUGGCAUGCCAGCAGCAUUUUAAAAUCUUUGUAAGACAGUCUACUGAACCGGCAGAAACUUUCCAAUAACUGAAAAGCACAUGUAAAAAGAAUGAAAACAAAUGUAGAAAAAGUCCUGGGAAUGCAUAAACAUAGCAGGUCUGCUGUCUGUGGCCAUGGUCAUAAACAUCUGGACACAUUUAGGACACAUCAGUCUGAACAUCUGAACUGAAUGACUGAUUGAGUACUGUUGUCAAUGUCCAUGCAAGUGAUACUUAAAACUUUGAAAAGCCUAGACAGAUAUAUUAUGAGUGCUCCAUAUGUGAAGAGCUGAACGCACUCCAUAGGCAUUCUGACACACUUUUUCUCUGUGUGAAAAUGUAAUAUCUACACAUAUCUUCACAUAAUCUGGCAGAAUAUAGUAAACAUAUGAAACAACUUGAAGAUUCACUCACAAAGCAUAUGUCAUGAAGAGAACCAUGAAAACAAAUGUAAUGGUCAUAGUUUUCAUAUGAAAGUUGGGAAAACACUCCAACUUAAAUGCUCCCACUAGUCAACAUCGUCCUCCCAGGCUCAGAAGACAUGGAAGCUGCACAUCUACAUCACUACAGCUACCCAUAAGUCACAGUGUGGUCAGGCACUGAGACUCACUGCAGUCGUGAAGUCAAAAUCAAGCUUGGCAACACAGUCCGUUGAAUCAGCUAAUCCAUUACUGGUGUGAAAGAGGAAUCCAGCGUGUGAUGAACAUCUGCUGCACUUCAGCCUCUCAAUGAGAAGAGGGCAAGAUCCCCACAGAACAGUCCUAUAAGUGGACCGAGGCCGGCGGGCACCUGCCUGUGGAUCACUUCAGCGCUGCCCAGGAGUGAAGCCUGGUGCUCUGGGAUCAUAUUUAGGUCAUUGAGAUGGAAGUGCUGUAGGCUUUAACCGGCCACACUAUUGAAUACUCAUUUUGGAGCUGAGCCGCACAUGGUUCAUGUCUAUCUUGAUGGCAACAGGACGUCAAGAGAUGCGUCCUCCUGAUGACUGUACCAGCAGAGAAAACAUCAUCUGUCAUGUCAUUAAAACUCAGAAUGCAAAUAACAUCAGCUCCAUAGUAUGUUAACGUUUACAAUAAUAGACAUUAGUUCCCUAUUCACCGUCACUCCUAAAAACCAACCUUUUUUUAUUCUUGUGAAUAUUUGCACUUGUAACUUGUUUUUCUACUGGAUUGAUCUGUAGAUAUUAGUGAAACCUUCCUCAGACAAGACUGAGGUCCAACCUCCAGCUUCACUGUUACCUGCUUCUUCAAUUCUUGCUACAGCAAAUAUUUUUAUGACGCAUCUGCCGAGAUAAAUGAGUAUAAGAAGAUCUAUUUUUGAAAAUCUUUCAAACCACUUGACAUGGGACAGAAAAAAUGUGUGUCUGCUACUUUCUGACACACUGAAGCUGAUUUACAAACUUGAAUUGCUAGUAACAUGUACACACAUGCACACACACACACGCAGCAGGAGCUUGGGCAGGACCAGACUGAACUGGAGCAAUUUCACAUUAGUUUUCUAUACAGUUGUUUGACCAAUAGAUGGCAGGCCUUCUUCAGACAUGCAGAGCCAUACUAAAGCCAACAUACUGCAUUUGCACACAGGAGUCAUGGUUUCUCUUGUGACAGGUGGAGGAAAACCCAAGUACAUCGUAUUCACUGAAGAAAUUACACCUCAUCUCAACAUUACUGCGUCCUGAUAUCAUAAUGUUGAGGAAAUACUUUUUAUUUCUGAAAUUAUUUAAGUCAAUCAUUGUCACAUAACAUGGAUUCUGCUGAAAAAAAUAUUAAUGUCAAGUAUGAGCAGCACUAAACUCCAAUGAAAUGUAAAGAAUGUGCUGAUUUACCUUACAAACUGUGGCAACGAAGUGACAUCUAAUGUUAUUGAGUGCGUUAAAAGUUUAGAAUUUCAAGAUCAUUUAAUUAAUUUUGCAAAAAAUUCAAGUAAAAUUUUGUAGCUAUCAAAAAUGUCACUAAACUAAGGUAAAUAAUACUUUAAAAAACUUCUGAAAUAGGUGUAAAUUGAAAAUCAGCGAAUUUUUUUUCCCAUUGUAAUAUUGAUAGAAAAUAGACGAAGCCACAAAACGCAGUAAAAAAAAAAAAGAUGUGUAAUUUGUCCAAUGUAGUAAUAAUAUGAAUUUAUUGCACAUCGUUGUUUGUGUUAUGCAUUUAUUUUAAGUGACAUAAAUUUCUGAGUAGAAGAUAAGAGUUUUUCCUUUUGUUUCCAUGUCAGGUGAUCCAUACUUCUAGUUAUUACUACACUGGACAAAUGAAACUCUUUUUUUUUUUAAAUUAUUAUUAUUAUUAUUAUUUAUUUUAUAUGAAUGACUCGUAUGUAAAAAUCUGCAAUGUUUGUGUGAAGUUUGUGUUAUGUGUUGAUGAUUGAUGAUGAGGAUGAACUUUGCUCAUAAUUCUAACAUUAUGAUGUUACAAAUACUGGAUUACACGAUGGGAAGUACAGGUUCUUUGGUGAAUGCAAUGUGCUUCCAUAAAGGAUAAUAUGCUGCCAUAAGGAUGCAUAUAUCAUUUGCACUUUAAUUCUUUCAGUUUUUACAGUAGAGCUCAAACUUCUUUUUAUAUAUCUUAAUUCUUGUUUAAUGCUAAUUUGGUAAUUAAGCUCAACUGCAGAAUGAGUUGUUUGUUUAAAUAAACAAAAAAAUGGAAAUUAAAAAAAUGGCAGAGAUCAAAUGUAAAGCCAAUAGGAGUUAUUUGGUCAAAUGUGUAUCAUUUCUUUUCAAUAUUGUGAAGCAAAAACACAGAAAAUAUUUGUUUGUCUUCAUUUAAAUGGGAAGCAUGUGCCAUUUUUUUUUUAAACUUCCAAUAAUUUUUUGUGGUGAGAUGAACCUGAAAACAGUUUAUGCAACAGCAACACUAACACAGAAACUGAAAGAAAGGAGAUGUUCUGUUACAAAAAAAAAGGAUUAAGAUCAUAGAAAAAUGUCUACUUUCAUAAUAUUCCCGUCAGUGUUUCCAUUCAAAUGUAAAAAAAAAAAAAAAAAAAAAAAAAAAAAGCUCAAACCAGUUGUUGGAUAAACCAGAGGAAGAAAAAAAA